AUGGGAAAUACAAAUAGCACCCACAAGAUCUCUGCUCAGGACCGGGCAAUCCUCGACCUCAAGAACCAGCGAGACAAACUUCACCAGUAUCAGAAGCGGAUUACUGUCUUGACAGACCGCGAAACUGAAAUUGCGAAACAAUGUCUCGCCCGGGAUGACCGCAAGCGCGCCCUGCUUGCCCUGCGUCGCAAGAAGUACCAGGAGUCGCUGCUCGAUAAGACCGAUAAACAACUCGAGCAGCUCGAACAGCUUACGGGUCAGAUUGAGUUUGCACUGGUUCAGAAGGAUGUUCUGUUCGGCUUGCAGCAAGGGACCAAGGUUCUGCAGACCAUUAACAAGGAGAUGGGUGGUCUUGAGGGGGUGGAGAAACUGAUGGGCGAGACGGAGGAAGCGAGAGCCUAUCAAGAGGUACGAGCUUAUUGUCAAUGGUUAUCUGAGAAGGGUAUUUUGGACUGGAUGCUGACGAGUCGGUGGUGGUUUGUACAGGAAAUCAGCGAGAUGCUUGCUGGACGCUUGUCCACUCAGGAUGAGGAUGAGGUCGAAGAGGAACUCGAGGCUUUGCAGCGGGAUACGCAGGGUCCGGUUGUCCUGCCAAAUGCGCCCAGCUCUACACUCCCAGAGCAUGUGGGGGGAGUCAAGGAGGACGAGCAUGCGGUGGAAGAAGAGGCCCAUUUCGAGGAGCGGACCGCGAUUCCUGCUUGA